AAGCUGUUAUAUAUAUAUGUAUAAUGUGCAAAUGUAUAUGUAUAUAUUUAGUAUUUAAAAUUUUUUAUUUCUAUUUAGUUAAUAACAAAUUUUAAAUCAGAAAUGACAAUGCAAAAUAACAACUCUCCAAGAAAACGUGGGCGUCCAAAUCGAUCUCAAAAUAAUGUUGAACCAUCUCGCUUGUUGAUGCAAUUACUUCCUAGAACAUCAAGUUUUAACAUGCCAUGUCUUCCAGAUGAAGAAAACCCAGACAGAAAAAAAAAAAUUUUCAAACGGAAAGGAAGUCAAAAAGUUAUAAGUUUGAAGGCAAAGAAUCGAGAGAGCCACAAUGCUGAUGAAAAACGGCGAAAAGAAAAGUUAAAUAAACUGAUUGUCAAAUUAAAAGACCUACUUGGUUUGGAUGGUAAGAAGAGUAAGGUAGCUAUUCUUGAAAAAGCUGUAGAAUUUGUAUCAAAAGAGAAAAAAGAAGCAAAAAACUAUGACAUGGAAUAUGUUAACCAAAAAAUAAAGAGCCUGGAGUCAAUAAUAGUCAGUUUAAUUGAUUUAUUAUCUUGCAACUCUGUCUCAUUGCCCAGCAACAUUCAAGUUAUUAAAACUUCUUCAAAGCCUGAUGUUACUUCUGAAUCUACUGCGUCAGCAAUUAAUGAUGUUGUACACAUUGUAAUGGAUAGUAACAUUUCAAGUUCACAGUUUUUAAGAGAUUCUAUUAUUGAAAAUACAGCUUUUCCAAGUAAGCUUUCAAAAGAAAAUUUAUCAAACAGUUCUGAAAACAGUUUAUUAAAUUUUUCAUUUAAUAAUGAAAUUAUGUUGCCUGGCACCAAUAUUACUCCAACUGCAAUAAAAACAUUGAAAAUUCCACCUAAUAAAUCAACUGAUUCAAUUUCCAAUAAUCUACUUGAAAUUCAAAAACCUCACUAUCAUGUCAAUUUAAAUAAUGGAUUAGGCUUACUCAAUAUAAACCCGAAAAUGAGUAUUACACAAAUAACAAUAGAUCACAAACAAAGUCAUCAUCAGUUCUCAGAUGAACUGAGUAAUCAAUGUGAUGUUACGAGAGAAUCUCUAAAUGAAAAUUUAACAUCUAAGUCAAAUGAAAGUGAAAAUAUAAAUUUACCAGUUGAUGACUCUUUAAAAAAACAAACAUUAGCUUCCUCACUACCUCAGAGUGAAAUGCUUAUUUCUGAAAAACCAACCAGGAAUGAAAGUUCCAAAACAGGUACCUUGCAAAAUAGAGAUGUUGAAAAUCCUGUUUUUUUAAAUCAUGGAAAAGUUUUAGUACAAGUUUUAAAUGAUAAUCUUUCAAACGAUGACUCAUUUAGAAACACCUUUCCUGUAAAAACGUUUGGAAUUGAUAACCUUAUUUCAAACACAAAUGUUUCUAAAAAUACUCUUUUAAAAAGCCAUAAUAAACAUGAGAACCAAGAGUUAUCUUGCAGUGGACAUACAGUUGAAGCUUUAUUAGAUUCCUCUACAAAGAAUCGUAAAUUAGAAGAAAACUCAGUUCAUUUUAACAAGGAUACAACAAUGGCAAUAACAUCUUUGAGUUCUUCUAUUACAGAAAGAGUGAUUUACACUGAAAGUUUACCCAGCUCGUUGCCACAAGCAACAGUAUCAACAAUAUCAACCACAUCACACAGUUUAUUUGAUAAUAAUCUUGCAGAAUGUGUUGAUAAACAAUCAAAUACACUAAAACGCUGGACUAAUGUUGUAAGUAAUGCACAAAAUAGCAAUAUGUUGAUUGCUUCAUUUCCUUUAUUAAAAAAAACAGUUAAAUUUAAAACUAAAAAACAAUCCCAAAAGCAAAAGAAAAUUAAAAAUGGUAGCAGUGAAACUAUUGGCACUAAAGCAUCUAAAAAUGACUCAAAUGUAAGUUUAAUAGCUUGUACAUCGGGUCUUGACCAUGAACUCGCUGAAAAUUCAAAAAAUAAAAUUGGUUGUGACACCUCAAUAAAUGUAACUACUAGCUCAUGCAUUGUUACUAGCUCAACUUGUUUAUCUUCUGUAGUAUCUUCUAUAGAUAAAACCUUGGAUAAUGUAAAUAAUGUACUAACCCUGAAGAAUGCAAACUGUGUACCAAACCUGAAAAAUUUAGUUAGUGCACCAGAAGCGUUUAAUCAACCUUUAUUGCGUACUAUGAAAGACAGAACCAUUCGCAAUAAAUGGUUAGAACGUGAUAAAACAUAUAUUGAUGUAGCUUCCAUUGACUCAUCAUUUGAACAACAAGCGAGUCCUGUAAUAUCUUUUCCUUAUGUUGGUUGUCGAAAACGUACUAUAGAUAUAUUAUCUCCUACUACUCAACCAUUUCAAAAACGCACCUUUUCCAAGCCUUCUUCAGAGAACAGAACUAAAGUAGCAAGUAGAGCGCGUAGUUUUUCUGUUGAGUCCUUAUCAAAGUCAGCUAUACAGACUUAUAAUGAUAAACAAUUAAAUCUUCCUUUGUUACCUGUAGUCUCUUCUUACUCCUCAAAUUGCCCUUCUAAUGUUCAAAAGUUAAAACAUCAACCUGAUAUUCCUAUUGUCACCCCUCUUCCAACAAUUUUAAACAUUUUUGCACCAGCUCAAGUACCUGUGAGCAGUAUGCAACAAGGUAACUUGUCAAACUUUUCAGCUGAAAAUCAUGUUUCUGAUGGAUGUGGGCUUAUAAAUGAAAAUAUGGAGGAAAAUUCAUUCAACCCAACUAUGUUUAUAGCUGGAAAUCAACAGAUGUUUACUAACUAUUCAACAAGUAAUCUUAUAAAUUCAGAUCAAUCCUCUUUCCCCUAUGCUAUAGACAAUCUUAUUAGUCAAAAUACUACACCGAUGCCAAUCUGGAGUGCACCAUGGUUACCACAGGAUUAUAAUUGUGAUUUUUUUAAUCCUGUUUUUAGUCACAUGCAUAACAAUUUUAACAGAAGAAAUACAACAGAAUGUAGUCCUAUUAAAAGUAUUAUCAGUAUCCUACAAUCAACAUCCAAUCAACCAAACCAAAAUAUUCAGUUUAAUCAAAUUUCAGCUCCUGAUUUCCCUCACACACAAAAUUCUAUAAUGCAAAAUUACACUUUGCCUGACAGCUUAUCGGAUGAACAAGUUAAUUUUUCAAGCAAUUUUAACACACAUAGUAGACAUACUGAAGCCCAAAAUCAAAAUGGUAACAACCUCCAACUUGAAAGCAUGCAAAAUAGUUGUGAAUUAAGAAAUAAUAGAAUAAAUAAUAAUUUAGCAACAAAUGAAAAUUCUCAGUUGAAUUCAGACCUAUAUAAUACACCUCCAGUAUUUCCUUUUAGUCAAUGGCAAGACUUCCAGACUAAGAAUAAAAUCUAAUAAAUGAAUUAUUUGAUCUUUAGUUGAAAUAACAAGUUAUUAAUAACUAAUGCCAACUUUACUUAAAAUUAUUAUAUUUUAUUUAACAAAUUUAAUUUUUAUUUUAUAUAUAUAUAUAUAUAAAUAUUCAUAUAUAAGGAUAAAUACAA